AAUAAUACAUAAUACUUUUCGAAAAUCGUGUAACGCAUUAAUUCUUCUUGUAUUGGCUUGCAGUGAAUACAUAUGUACAAGUAUUUUACUGCGUUUAUCCAUUCUAAGCAUAGUCGAUAUUACAGUACCGGCGUGUUUUUUAAUUUACGUAGUUAUUCAUAUUAGUUAUGUUAGUCUACGUUUGAAUUUAUAAUCAUCGAUGUGUUAAUCUGAUCAAAACUUGACGUAAUUGUAGAUUAUAAUCUAAGAAAUUUGAAUACUCAACCAAUUUUGAUAUCUAUACUAUAUUUAAGCUGCCAUUAGUUUUAUAAAUAUAAAUAAUGCCACGAGGGAAAUUUGUCAAUCACAAAGGUCGUAAUCGCCACUUUACGAAUCCCGAGGAAUUGGAAGAACAACGUCGUCAGGAAGAAGAAAAACGUCAAUGGAGAAAAAAUAAAGGUAAUGAGUCAUCUAGCGAAGAAGAAGAAGAACCCAAAGCACGUGGGAGUAGGAAUAAAUUGAAAAAUGUCAGCGCAUCUGAAACUGAUACUGAAACUGAAUCGGAGUCCGAGUCAGAAACAGAGGGUAAAGCGAAGGGAGUUGAGAAUUUAAUUCAGGUAGAGAAUCCAAAUAGAGUACAAAAAAAAGCAAAAAAGUUAUCUCAGUUGAAUCAAUCAUUAGAUUCUGCAAAGCCUGAAUUGUCGCGGAAAGAAAAAGAGCACUUAGAAAAGCAAAGGGCCUAUGCAAACUAUCAGAAAUUGCAUGCUGCUGGAAAAACCGAUGAAGCUAGAGCAGAUCUGGCACGAUUAGCAAUAAUUAAACAACAACGAGAAGAAGCUGCAAAACGAAGAGAAGAUGAGAAGAAACAAAAAGAAUUAGCACAACAAAAGAAAACUGAAUUGACACAAAAGGCAUUGGGUAAAAGAACCUAGAUUACUAAAGUCAUUCAAAUUAAAUUACACUACUAUCUACGUGUUAUAUCAUGCUAAUUUCCUAUACAAUUCAAACCUACUUUCAUAUUAUAGAAAUUGAACUAAAUGACUAUAAGUAAAUAUGUACUCUAAAUAUUUGAUGAGUAUAUCCUAAAUUGUUUAAAUAAAAUUACUAUAAUAAUAUUUACAAUUAA